CUUGAUUGUCAAUCCGACAACGUAUCCCGUCCCCAUCGAUCUAUCAAUCAACCUAGAGGGAUCGUCUACCGCAACUCCACAAAACCCAAAACCCUAAUUUUUUCGCCCAAUAAAAAACGAGUCUUCGAAAUUCCAACCCUUUUUUCGUCGUCAAUGGCUUCUCCGCCACUAGUUCCCAUCAUCUACCGCGUAAUUUAGCCGCCGCAGUACAAUUCUUCCUUUUUUGUUUUUUCCUUUUCCUCCCUGACCUCCGCUUUGCCAUGGACGCCCGUCGAGGUUCGCUCCCAGUUCCCAGAGUUCGCCAGGUCGGAUUCUUCACACCGAACGCCCAGCCCGCCCCGACCCGAUCCCAAUCCGGUCCGCCCGAUUCUAGCUCUCCGCCGCUCCCCGAAUCUCCGGCAAGCAACUCCCUAUCUCCCGUCAUGAUUCCUCCGCCACGUCACCACUCCGAUAACCUUGCUGCCGCUCCUCGUCCAACCUCUCCUCUCCCUGUUCCUGAACCCUCCCCCUUCCGCCGCCGUGAUGCUCACGCCGGCGCCGACAACAACGCUCCCCUGGUCGGUAGCUACAAUCCGACCGAGACUCUGCUGGCGAUGUCGCCGCCCGCCACACGCUCUCCUUCCGGUAGUCAUGCUGGCGAUGGCGAGUCUGAGGCGGCGAUGUCUGGUGGCUGGUUCCGGCGGAGCAAUUCUGCGAAGCUGGCUUCCAGUUUGCCUAGCGGGACCUUUGACUUCAGUUCAGUCCAGUCAACGGCUGAGGCUCUGAAACCCACCAAGGUCCAGAACCGCGUCGGCGUUUCUGAACAUUUGCUGAAUAAGACAAUCCUUGCAGAAGCAAGUGGAAGGCCUGCUCCAAAGGAACAACAACCCGAGGCUCCAUCAAGCUCGAAGCAACCAAAACCAAAACUUUCAAAAGCUGAAAGACGUGCAUUGCAGGAGUCUCAGCGUGCUGCCAAAGCUGCUACAAAAGCCUCUGGAGGUGGUAAAUCUGUCGCUGCGUCCGAGGAGGUGGCUACUGUUAAAUCUGUUAAACAGCAUCAAACACAAAAGAAAGAUGCUCCUCAUGUUGCAGUAUCAGUUGCAGCUUCUGAACGGAAGGGAGGUGAUAAGUCUCAAGAGAAAGAGCGGAGAAAAGAUGCCCCUGCACCACGAAUGCAAUUUGAUGAUAAGAGUCGUGUUGAUAAGGCUAAAAGGCGUUCAGUGGUCGAUCAAACCGAAGCAAGAAAUAGGGUUGAAUUGUUUCGUCACUUGCCUCAGUAUGAACAUGGCACCCAGCUUGCUGAUCUGGAGUCAAAAUUUCUGCAACUUGAUCCAAUGCACCCUGCAAUUUACAAGGUUGGUUUGCAGUAUCUGGCAGGAGAUAUUUCUGGGGGAAACGCUCGUUGCAUAGCAAUGCUCCAGGCAUUUCAACAAGUCAUCCAAGACUACUCUACUCCACCUGAAAAAACUCUCCAGAGAGAUUUAACCGCAAAAAUCAGUAGUUAUGUUUCAUUCUUCACACAAUGCCGACCACUUUCCAUGAGCAUGGGCAAUGGCAUAAGGUUUCUCAAAAAUCGCAUUGCCAAGUUGGCUCUAUCUAUCUCCGAAUCAGAAUCAAAAUCCUCCAUAUGCAGCGACAUUGAUCGUUUCAUAAAUGAAAAAAUAGUACUCGCUGACAGAGUCAUAGUGCAGCAUGCCUCCAACAAAGUGAAGGAUGGUGAUGUGCUUCUCGUGUAUGGAUCAUCGUGCGUGGUUGAGAUGAUUCUCUUGCACUCUCACGGGCUGGGGAAACAGUUCCGUGUCAUCGUAGUCGACUCUAGGCCCAAACUUGAAGGCAAAGCUCUGCUUCGUAGGCUGGUGGUAAAGGGCGUGCAUUGUACAUACACUCACAUAAAUGCUGUUUCCUAUGUCAUGCAUGAGGCGACGAAAGUUUUCCUCGGUGCUUCUUCAGUGUUGUCUAAUGGGACAGUGUAUUCGAGGGUUGGGACUGCUUGUGUGGCGAUGGUUGCCCAUGCAUUUCGAGUUCCCGUCAUAAUUUGCUGCGAAGCUUAUAAGUUUCACGAGAGAGUGCAACUGGACUCGAUCUGUUCAAAUGAGCUUGGUGAUCCUGAUGCCAUUGGGAAGGUACCUGGGAGAAUGGAUGUGAACUACCUCGAUGAUGUGUCAAAUUCUGUCAAUCUUCAGCUUCUAAAUUUGAUGUAUGAUGCUACCCCUGCAGAUUAUGUAUCUAUGAUUGUCACUGAUUAUGGCAUGAUCCCACCAACAAGUGUUCCUGUGAUUGUGCGGGAGUAUAGAAGGGACCACCUCUUGAUAUAAGGCAUCUUUGCCGGGAAAAUCGAGAACUGGAUUUUGACUUAAUAGGAUAGGAAACUUUUGAUUGUUUACUAAGUUAUUAUUGAUGUUACUGUGCCAUGCUUGUCUGAGCUCAGUUUUUUUGGCGGAUAUCAUCUUUUGACCUGCGUUCGCUGUGUUGGAAUGGAGUUGGGAUUUCUUGUAACCCUAGCCAUGGUUUCAAUUCUAGAUGGCUUCUACCUUGUUGCUAGAUUUUCAGAUUGUUACGAAGGUUCAAUCUGAUUCCCAAAUAGUGUCUAAUAAAUUUCCAUGAAAUGGGACUAACAUUGUAUUGUUUGAACAGCUGUAUUUGUAUAUGUAUAUGCAUUUCUACAACAUUUGACCGCCU